CUGUGGGCGUGGAUCCGCCUAAAUAACGGUGCAGGCCACACUUCAGGGUUUUCAGACAGAGACACUGCAAGAAAGAAAAACACCGUCAUGCCAGAAGGGUAAAAGCGGCGAGGUGGUCAUUUUAGCUUUCUCGAAUUGACUUAUUGAUCCGCAGUGAUAGAGCACGUCCGAGUCAUCUGCAGUCUCUCCCUGAAGUCCAUGCGCGAAUAAAACCUUCGACUUUAAAUCACAGCAUAUGUUGAAAUUGAGUUGCGCGAUCGCUUUGUAAUCUUACCUCGACUUUGGAAAACAUUUGCGUACAAACCAACAGACCACAAUGUCGCACGUUGAUCCAGGACCGAAAAAUGACUCGGACACGGAACAGAAGACAGAACCAGCCCAGGACACUUCAUCAGGAGAAAUGGACGUCCCUAAAACUAAACUACUUGAUCCCAAGGCAAUCUUGUGGACUUUUGGCAAAUGUCUCACUGCCUUUUUGCCCGUUUACCUGGCGGGUUACUAUCGGGUGAGCACUAGUUUAGUGGCGUUUGGGAUGAUGGUUUACGCAGGAUGGAAACACACUCGUGAAGCGAAGGAGGCGAGAUUGAAGUCCGCUGUACAGUUAGUCAACGAAGAACAAGAAUACAUAUCCUCCAAAUCAUUUAGAAGUAGAAGAGACCUGCCUUCUUGGGUCAGUUUUCCAGAUGUGGAGAAGGUUGAAUGGCUAAACAAGGUUAUCCAGCAGGCCUGGCCAUAUAUUGGUCAGUAUUUAGAGAAGCUGCUGACGGAAACCAUUGCUCCUUCCAUCCGCGGCUCCAGCUCUCAUCUGCAGACACUCAGCUUCACGAAGGUCGACUUUGGUGCCAAGCCGAUGAAGGUGGUUGGAGUGAAGGCCCAUUCAGAAAACAAGAAAGGUCAAAUUCUGCUUGACGUUUACAUCAGUUACGUGGGGGAUGUUGAGAUAAACGUGGAGGUGAAGAGGUAUUUCUGCAAGGCUGGUGUGAAGGGAAUACAGCUUCAUGGAAUGAUGCGUGUGAUUUUGGAGCCGCUGAUCGGUGACGUCCCAAUCGUGGGAGCUGUGACCAUGUUCUUCAUUCAAAGACCUAAACUGACCAUCAACUGGACUGGUUUGACCAAUCUGCUGGACAUUCCAGGACUCAAUGUGAUGUCAGAUACUAUGAUCAUGGAUGCGAUUGCUUCAUUCCUGGUUUUGCCCAAUCGUCUUACUGUUCCUCUAGUGGCAAACCUACAUGUGGCACAGCUGCGGUGCCCUUUACCCAGGGGUGUUGUGCGCAUUCACCUGGUGGAGGCUGAUGGUCUGGCUUCGAAGGAUAACAGUGUUGUAGCGGGUAUGUCUGACCCGUAUGCCCUGCUCAGAGUUGGCCCGCAAACCUUUAAAUCCCGCCAUCUGGACAAUACGCUCAGUCCCAAAUGGGAUGAAAUGUAUGAGGUCAUCGUUCAUGAGGUGCCUGGUCAGGAGCUAGAGGUGGAAGUGUUUGAUAAAGAUCCCGAUCAAGAUGAUUUCCUGGGCAGAACAAAAUUAGACUUGGGGAUCGUGAAGAAAUCUAAAAUAGUGGAUGAGUGGUUCACGUUGAAGGACACCCCUACAGGACGGGUUCAUCUCAGACUGGAGUGGCUGACACUAGAAACUGACACAGGACGACUGGAAGAGGUUCUGAAGAGAAAUGAAAGUGUGGUGAGUAAAACAGCAAAGCCGCCCUCAGCAGCCAUCUUGGUAGUGUAUCUGGACAAGGCUGAGGCACUUCCUAUGAAGAAAGGAAAUAAGGAUCCCAAUCCUAUCGUUCAAAUCGCAGUGCAAGAUGUAACUCGUGACAGCCGGAUUUGCUGGAAUACAGUGAACCCCCAGUGGGAGGACGCUUUCACUUUCUUCAUCAGAGAUCCCAGCAAACAGGACAUUAACGUGCAGGUGAAGGAUAACGACCGUGUUCAGGUUUUGGGAAGUCUGUCCAUUCCUGUUUCCCGUCUUCUCUCUUGUCAAGAUCUGAAUUUGGAUGAGUGGUUCAAUCUGGAUAAUUCUGGUCCAAAAAGCCGCAUCCACAUCAACACAGUGCUCAGGGUGCUCUGGUUGGAUGAAGUCGCUGCAGCUGCAGCUGCCUCUCUCCUCUCCAGUGACCCUUUUUCAAAGAGUUCUGCCUCACGUCCACAAAAGACGACGCCCCAUUCCAGCUUCGCCUCUGAGGGGAUGCUGCGUGUCCACCUCGUGGAGGGUCAAAAUCUGGUCGCGAAGGACAAUCUGAUGGGUGGGAUGGUGAAGGGCAAGAGCGACCCGUACGUCAAGAUCCAAGUCGGAGGUGAAACCUUUAAAAGUCAAGUGAUCAAGGAGAACCUCAACCCCGUCUGGAACGAGAUGUAUGAGGUGGUUUUGACGCAGCUUCCUGGUCAGGAGUUGACCUUGGAAGUUUUUGACAGGGACAUGGACAUGAAAGAUGACUUUAUGGGCAGGCUGAAGAUGAAUCUGAGUGAUAUAAUUAGCUCCGAAUACAUAAACGGGUGGUUUACUCUGAACGAUGUUAAGCGUGGCCGUGUUCAUCUGGCUCUGGAGUGGCUGCCCACUGUAACACAACCAGAGAAGCUACAGCAGGUGUUGCAGUACCAGUCAAAGAGCUCGUACCUGAAUAAGACAGUGCCGACGGCCGCUCUCCUGUUUGUGUAUGUGGAGCGCGCACAUGAGCUUCCUUUGAAGAAGAGUGGAAAGGAUCCUAAAGUUGGUGCUGAGCUGAUCUUGAGAGGAACUUCUCGUAGAACCACAGUCUCUGACCGCACCAGCUCUCCCCAGUGGGACGAAGCAUUUCACUUCCUGGUUCGAGAUCCAUUGAAUGAAGACCUUGUCGUGAAGUUGUCCCACAACUGGGACUUCUCUCUGGGAUCUGUGGUGAUUCCCAUCAAAGAGCUGCUCUCUGAACCAGAUCUGAUGCUGGACCAGUGGCUGGAUCUGGAUGGAGCGUCACCCCAGAGUCAGAUUCUGCUCAGAGCUCAGCUGAAGAUUCUUUGCCCUAAAGAGACGGAGAGCUCUGAAGACCAUGAGGAGCCAAAACAUCCGAAAGCGUCCAGUUUUAAAAGAAAACCGGAGGAGGAAUUAGUGCAGAAGGGGGGGUUUAGGUCUAGUAUUGAGGAGGUCCCACCAUCUCCUGUAAGCAGGACCUCCUCUGUGUCAGUCCCAGAAGAAGAGGAAGUCCCUGAGGUCACGGAGGUCCCAGAAGUUUCCAGUUCAGAUGACCUUCGACCCUUGCACACCAGCCCUGACCCCAGCUUUGGUGCCAAGGGUGUGCUCCGCCUCCACCUGCUGGAAGCUCAGGAUCUGGUAGCGAAGGACAACAUGAUGGGAGGGAUGGUGAAGGGGAAGAGCGACCCGUACGUCAAGAUUCAUAUCGGAGACACAACCUUUAAGAGUCAUGUGAUCAAGGAGAACCUCAACCCCACCUGGAACGAGAUGUAUGAGCUGGUUCUGACUUCCAGCUCGACCUCUGAUGUCCUUGUGGAGGUUUUCGACAAGGAUAUGGACAAAGAUGACUUUUUAGGGAGGGUGAAGAUCAGCUUACAGGAGAUCAUUCAGUCUCAGCUGACUGACGAAUGGUUUUCUCUGAGUGAUGUCAAACACGGCCAGGUUCACAUGAUUCUGGAGUGGCUUCCCACAGUCACACAACCUGACAGACUACAACAGGCGCUGCAGUUACAGUCCGAGCAUUCGUACCAGAACAAAUCUGUGCCAUCAGCAGCUCUGUUCUUCAUUCUCUUGGAGAGAGCUCAUGACCUGCCGCUGAAGAAGAGUGGAAAGGAGCCUAAAGCUGCUGCAGAGCUGGUGUUGGGAGACAUUUCCCAUAAAACCAAGGUGUGUGAUCGCUCCACGUCUCCUGAGUGGAGUGAAGCUUUUCACUUCCUGCUUCAUAACCCAAAAGAGGAGAUUCUUAUUAUAAAGCUUUCAAGUGACUUUGAGCAGCCCUUAGGCUCAGUGGUUCUACCAAUCAGAGAGCUGCUUUCAAAACCAGAUCUACUGAUGGACCAGUGGUUGAGUCUGGAUGGAGCAGGUCCUGACACUCAGAUUCUUCUAAGGGCACAGCUUAAGAUUUUGGACUCAAGAUUGGAUACAAGUGUCCUUCAUCGUAAAAAGCCUGUUGUUGAAAAAGAGCAUUCAGUGGGUGAACAGCACAAAGAAAAAGCUCCAGUCGCUGUUGAACUCUCACAAGCUGCAGUCAGUAAAGUGUCCGAGAAGAAAACACCACCAACAAAAGGGGUGAGUGAACUGGCAGCCUCUACUUUACCACUUCCUGAAGAACAUCAGAAACAAACAGACACCCAUGAUAUAGAUGACCAUCACACGCCAUCUGUACCCAAAACACAGCCUGCCCCUGAGGAUCUCAGUAAAGUUCCUGAUUUCACUCCCAGUGAAGGUGGAUACAUGAAACCAGUCAAAACCUUUGGAUCAGCCCACGAAGAGCAAAAACCAGAAGAGCAGUCUCACAAGAAGGUUUCCCCCAGUGCUCCUGCAGAGGAGACAAAAGUCAGUAGUUCUACAGACGUUCGACCCCAACAGACCCGCCAUGACCCCAGCUUUGGCACCAAGGGGGUGCUGCGUAUCCAUCUUUUGGAAGCUCAGGAUCUGGUAGCGAAGGACAACAUGAUGGGAGGGAUGGUGAAGGGGAAGAGCGACCCGUACGUCAAGAUUCAUAUCGGAGACACAACCUUUAAGAGUCAUGUGAUCAAGGAGAACCUCAACCCCACCUGGAACGAGAUGUAUGAGCUGGUUCUGACCUCCAGCUCGACCUCUGAUGUCCUUGUGGAGGUUUUCGACAAGGAUAUGGACAAAGAUGACUUUUUAGGGAGGGUGAAGAUCAGCUUACAGGAGAUCAUUCAGUCUCAGCUGACUGACGAAUGGUUUUCUCUGAGUGAUGUCAAACACGGCCAGGUUCACAUGAUUCUGGAGUGGCUUCCCACAGUCACACAACCUGACAGACUACAACAGGUGCUGCAGUUACAGUCUGAGCAUUCGUACCAGAACAAAUCUGUGCCAUCAGCAGCUCUGUUCUUCAUUCUCUUGGAGAGAGCUCAUGACCUGCCGCUGAAGAAGAGUGGAAAGGAGCCUAAAGCUGCUGCAGAGCUGCUGUUGGGAGACAUUUCCCAUAAAACCAAGGUGUGUGAUCGCUCCACGUCUCCUGAGUGGAGUGAAGCUUUUCACUUCCUGCUACAUAACCCAAAAGAGGGGAUUCUUAUUAUAAAGCUUUCAAGUGACUUUGAGCAGCCCUUAGGCUCAGUGGUUCUACCAAUCAGAGAGCUGCUUUCAAAACCAGAUCUACUGAUGGACCAGUGGUUGAGUCUGGAUGGAGCAGGUCCUGACACUCAGAUUCUUCUAAGGGCACAGCUUAAGAUUUUGGACUCAAGAUUGGAUACAAGUGUCCUUCAUCGUAAAAAGCCUGUUGUUGAAGAAGAGCAUUCAGUGGGUGAACAGCACAAAGAAAAAGCUCCAGUCGCUGUUGAACUCUCACAAGCUGCAGUCAGUAAAGUGUCCGAGAAGAAAACACCACCAACAAAAGGGGUGAGCGAACUGGCAGCCUCUACUUUACCACUUCCUGAAGAACAUCAGAAACAAACAGACACCCAUGAUAUAGAUGACCAUCACACGCCAUCUGUACCCAAAACACAGCCUGCCCCUGAGGAUCUCAGUAAAGUUCCUGAUUUCACUCCCAGUGAAGGUGGAUACAUGAAACCAGUCAAAACCUUUGGAUCAGCCCACGAAGAGCAAAAACCAGAAGAGCAGUCUCACAAGAAGGUUUCCCCCAGUGCUCCUGCAGAGGAGACAAAAGUCAGUAGUUCUACAGACGUUCGACCCCAACAGACCCGCCAUGACCCCAGCUUUGGCACCAAGGGGGUGCUGCGUAUCCAUCUUUUGGAAGCUCAGGAUCUGGUAGCGAAGGACAACAUGAUGGGAGGGAUGGUGAAGGGGAAGAGCGACCCGUACGUCAAGAUUCAUAUCGGAGACACAACCUUUAAGAGUCAUGUGAUCAAGGAGAACCUCAACCCCACCUGGAACGAGAUGUAUGAGCUGGUUCUGACCUCCAGCUCGACCUCUGAUGUCCUUGUGGAGGUUUUCGACAAGGAUAUGGACAAAGAUGACUUUUUAGGGAGGGUGAAGAUCAGCUUACAGGAGAUCAUUCAGUCUCAGCUGACUGACGAAUGGUUUUCUCUGAGUGAUGUCAAACACGGCCAGGUUCACAUGAUUCUGGAGUGGCUUCCCACAGUCACACAACCUGACAGACUACAACAGGUGCUGCAGUUACAGUCCGAGCAUUCGUACCAGAACAAAUCUGUGCCAUCAGCAGCUCUGUUCUUCAUUCUCUUGGAGAGAGCUCAUGACCUGCCGCUGAAGAAGAGUGGAAAGGAGCCUAAAGCUGCUGCAGAGCUGCUGUUGGGUGACAUUUCCCAUAAAAGCAAGGUGUGUGAGCGCUCCACGUCUCCUGAGUGGAGUGAAGCUUUUCACUUCCUGCUUCAUAACCCAGAAGAGGAGAUUCUUAUUAUAAAGCUUUCAAGUGACUUUGAGCAGCCCUUAGGCUCAGUGGUUCUACCAAUCAGAGAGCUGCUUUCAAAGCCAGAUCUACUGAUGGACCAGUGGUUGAGUCUGGAUGGAGCAGGUCCUGACACUCAGAUUCUUCUGAGGGCACAGCUUAAGAUUUUGGACUCAAGAUUGGAUACAAGUGUCCUUCAUCGUAAAAAGCCUGUUGUUGAAGAAGAGCAUUCAGUGGGUGAACAGCACAAAGAAAAAGCUCCAGUCGCUGUUGAACUCUCACAAGCUGCAGUCAGUAAAGUGUCCGAGAAGAAAACACCACCAACAAAAGGGGUGAGUGAACUGGCAGCCUCUACUUUACCACUUCCUGAAGAACAUCAGAAACAAACAGACACCCAUGAUAUAGAUGACCAUCACACGCCAUCUGUACCCAAAACACAGCCUGCCCCUGAGGAUCUCAGUAAAGUUCCUGAUUUCACUCCCAGUGAAGGUGGAUACAUGAAACCAGUCAAAACCUUUGGAUCAGCCCACGAAGAGCAAAAACCAGAAGAGCAGUCUCACAAGAAGGUUUCCCCCAGUGCUCCUGCAGAGGAGACAAAAGUCAGUAGUUCUACAGACGUUCGACCCCAACAGACCCGCCAUGACCCCAGCUUUGGCACCAAGGGGGUGCUGCGUAUCCAUCUUUUGGAAGCUCAGGAUCUGGUAGCGAAGGACAACAUGAUGGGAGGGAUGGUGAAGGGGAAGAGCGACCCGUACGUCAAGAUUCAUAUCGGAGACACAACCUUUAAGAGUCAUGUGAUCAAGGAGAACCUCAACCCCACCUGGAACGAGAUGUAUGAGAUGAUUGUGAGUCCUGAUCAUAAUCUAGACGUGAAGUUUGAGGUCUAUGAUAAGGAUUUUGAAUCCGAUGAUUUCCUUGGAAGGUUCAAGCUCAAACUCGGACAUAUCAUCAGUUCUCAGUACAAUGAUGAAUGGUUUACUCUGAAUGAUAUAAAACACGGUCGAGUCCAUUUGGUCCUGGAAUGGCUUCCCACCUCAACACAGCGGGAUAGAUUGGAUCAAGUAAUGAAGAUGCAAAGCUCUCAGACCUACGAGAACAAGUCUGUGCCGUCAGCAGCGCUGUUGUUUAUUCACUUAGAAAGAGCUCAUGAUCUUCCUAUGAAGAAAAGUGGAAAGGAACCCAAAGCUGCUGCUGAACUUGUUCUUGGAGGAGCCUCCUAUAAAACCAAGGUGUGUGAUCGCUCCUCUUCUCCUUGCUGGAAUGAAGCAUUUGACUUUCUGGUUUAUGACCCCAAAAAAGACAUACUUGUCAUUAAGCUCUCAAGCGCCUGGGACCAACCCAUGGGCAGUUUGGUUCUUCCAAUCAGAGAGCUGCUUUCAAAACCAGAUCUACUGAUGGACCAAUGGCUCGAUCUGGAUGGAGCUUCACCAAAGAGCCAGAUCCUACUCAGGGCACAGCUGAAGAUCUUGGAUUCAAAAAUGGCUGCUUUAGUGGCCAUGGGUUCAGGUCCAGUGUUGAGUAAUAAACAGGCGGCCAAAACAGGUCAGAUCAAAAUCUCCCUCUCCUUCCAGAAGAAGCUGACAGUGAUCAUCCAUGCAUGCAGGGCUCUGGUUACAUCAUCUAAGGACAGCUUAGACACCUACGUCUCCCUCAUUCUGCUGCCGGAUAAAAGCAAGGCCACCAAAAGAAAGACGGCUGUGAAGAAGAAAAAUCUGAACCCUGAGUUCAAUGAAAGGUUUGAGUUUGAUAUGAGUGUGGAGGACGCCCAGAGACGAGAGCUCAGCGUUUGUGUGAAGAACGCAUCCUCGUCCUUCAUGAGUCGAGACAAAGACGUGAUCGGCCAGGUGCAGAUAGACCUGGGACAUGUUGAUAUAGUCUCUGGAGUCACAGAAUGGUUUGAUCUGAAAGAAGAGCAGAACUAGCAGCCAGCGUUUAACCUCUUCCUGAAGUUCUUCAGGUUAACUUUGCUGUCACGUAUCGCUGCCAGUGCUUCCCUUCCACCUGUUUUUAUAACUUCACAAACACACACAUAUUUCUUUCCUCCAUCUUUUGAUCAACAGAUGGUUUUUGAGUGACAAGAUUAUAUGAUAUGAUUGAGCUAAGUGAUUUGAACAUAUUACUGCAUUGACAAAUCAACUUUAGAGUAUUACAUCAGAACUGAUAUAUCAAUUUUUGAUAUCUGUAUAAUUCAGUAUCAGACGACUGAAUGUUAACCGUAUGGACAUUUACAGAGAUGUUGAGCAGGUGUCUGGAAAGAGUCUCGUCUUCAUGUGCAGAUUGCAGGACGUUGCAUUUGUUUAAGUUCAGAAGGAAAAGGAUGUUUUUUAAAAAAUGUAACCCAAAGAAAUAUUUCUUUUACUUUAUUGAAAAUGAAAGGAUACAUUACUAGGUCUAAAUGUACAAAUUUAUGAAGUAUUAUAAUUGACAGAAAUUUGUGCACCAAAAAUAUAAAGUGGUGUUAUUUAGACAGUCUACAAAUGACCACCUAAAAACUAUUUAAGAUAUUUAAUGUGCCAUGUAUUGUGUUGCAUUUGGAUGAAUAGCUGCUGUUAACAACAUCCAUGUGGCUUGUGCAACUUCUGUCGUCCAUUGUGAUGAUAAAUAUCUAGAAACUCAAUUUUUUUGGCUAGAAAUAUGACUUUAACAUUUGCAUGUUUGAUUUUAGGCCUUAAAAAAAAGGGUUAGGGUUAGGGUUAUUUUGUGGUCAUUUUUAUUUGCAGUCAUUUAUGUUACCAUUUAUGACAGUCUAUAUAGGGUUACCAAACUUGUAAAAACCUUGAAACAACAGAAUUUAAAUUAAUUUCCAGGCUUAAUCUACAAUGUUAAAGUCUCAGUUAUUUCUAAAGGGAGUAUACAUUUCUGGUUGAGACACUGAGUUUCAGAGUCAUAUUGAAUCCAAUGCACUGAGCUGCAUUUAGAGCUCAGGCUCUACUUUUCUUUUUCUCUUUAGAGAUUUUGUACUCCAUGUGUGGUUGUAUAAAUCACUUCCUUCCAAGGAUUGGUACCCAGGUUACAAAUGAAACUCCAGAAAUAUCUAAAAUGAUUUGAAUGAUACUUCACUAAUAGUUGGAUACCGUGAUAAUGAACAACUGUAAAAGUUGUGGAAAUUCAUUAGUUAAAAGGGUGGGAACCUUAUAUAAGAGCUAGUACAAAAGCAAAUGCUUUUGCUAAACUUUGUUUACAUUUUCAUGAUUUUUCAUGUUUAUAAUAUACUUAAUCUAGAACUACCAUUCAAAGGUUUGAGGUCAGCAAGAUGUUUUAAAUACUUUUAUUCAGCGAAGACAAAUUUAAUUGAUCAAAG